ACGGCACGCUAAAGUCUCUACGUCAUCAGUACGCGACUGUCAACACUUUUCCCACAUGGUUCAUUUUCAUAGAGCCACAGUACAAAUUUGUCUGUUCUAAUAUAUCUUGGUGAUGUGUGUUAAUUAAAUAAGUUAAUAUUCGUUAUUGAUUAUAAGGCCAGGAGUCUGCAAUGGCACUCUUCACGAUAAAUCGAUAUUUAGGGGAGGUGGAGGACAGUGAAUCCAGCAGAGAGUCUCGGUCCAAAGCAUUGCUGGCUAAACUGCAGGAACAAGCCAAAGCCCGAGAACAACAGAGUAUCUCACACACAGCAAAUAAACAUGAUGACCAUCAAGAUAAUAUAGCAAAGAAAAAGAAAAGAAAACCUGAUCAGCAAGAGACUGAGGGAGAACAACUCAAAGCUAAGAAAAAAAGAAAUGCCAAAGAAACCGAGGCUACUGAUGAAGGUGUCAGUUCAACUACGAAGAAGAAAAAACGUAAAACAUUAUCGAUUGAUAAUACAAGUGCAAAUACAGGAGAUGAUGAAUCAGAUACUGAGAAGUCUGCAGAAAUCACAGAGACUAUUAAAGGUGACUUAGAGGAAAGUAAGGAGACUCAGAUUGAUCAGGCACAUGCCGAAAAUGCUGCCUCCCAGACCGGCUUCCAUAUCUUGGGAGGGUUUGAAGAGAAGACCAUGCAAAAGGUCAAAAGAGUUUUGCCUCAGUGGUUGUCACAGCCUGGUGUCAUUCAAAAGGACAUUAAGAGUAACCUUGUCCCUGUCAAUGAGGUGCCGGGCAUCUGUCCAAUGCUGCUUAAGAAACUGGAAGCCAAUGGGAUACAGAACUUUUUUCCAGUACAAGCUGAGGUCAUACCUGCAAUUCUGAACAGUGUGAGCUCCGAGCUGCUGGUCGGUCCAGGUGGCUACCGUCCCAGAGAUAUCUGUGUUUCUGCACCUACAGGAAGUGGAAAGACACUGGCCUUUGUUAUACCUGUUAUACAGGCACUGUCUAAGCGUGUAGUUUGUGAGGUUCGUGCACUGGCUGUACUGCCCACCAAAGAGUUGGCACAGCAGGUGUCAAAGGUGUUUAGCUCAUAUGCUGAAGGCACUGGUCUGAAAGUGGUAAUGAUCACAGGACAGAAAUCAUUUGCUGCUGAGCAGGCGGCUCUUUCUAAAAGCAGAGGGGGUGUUUGCCGCAGUUUGGCUGAUAUUGUUGUGGCCACGCCAGGCCGUCUGGUGGAUCACAUCAACAAAAACAACAACUUCAGUCUACGACACCUACGAUUUCUGAUCAUUGAUGAGGCUGACAGGAUGAUUGACAGCAUGCAUCAGUCCUGGCUCAGCCAGGUGACUAAAGCGGUGUACAAAAUCCAAGGUGACCAACAGAUGUUAGUCUUGAAACGAACACUGCCUGGACCAAUCACAGUGGCAAGUUUGUCUCCGCCCCAGAUGCCGUUGCAAAAGUUGCUGUUUUCUGCCACUCUCACCCAGAACCCUGAGAAACUACAACUGCUGGAUCUGCACCAGCCACAACUCUUCAGUUCAACACACAACUCUACAGACAGCUCCACACAAAACCAGGAGACAUUUCACUUUCCUCAGAGUCUCUCUGAGUAUUAUGUCCCCUGCACCCUUAACAAGAAACCGCUUUUAAUCCUUCACUUCCUGCUUCGGCUCAAGUUCAGUCCUGCUUUGUGCUUCACCAACUCGAGAGAAACGGCACACAGACUUUACAUGCUCGUAAAACUAUUUGGAGGUGUGGAUGUUGCAGAGUUUUCUUCCAGACUAAGCCCAAGCGAGCGACAAAGAACGCUUAAAGACUUUGAGCAUGGGAAGAUCCCACUAUUGAUAAGCACAGAUGCUGCUGCAAGAGGCAUCGACAUCAAUGGAGUGAAAUGUGUCAUUAAUUAUGAUGCUCCACAAUACAUCCGAACAUACAUUCACAGGGUGGGACGAACGGCAAGGGCAGGAAAAGCAGGCUUAUCUUUCACUUUCCUUUUAAACGUCCAGGAGAAGAGGUUCUUACAGAUGGUAUUGGAUGCUGGCAGUCCUGGUAUACAGAGGCACAUGGUCCAACCAGAAACUCUUAAAAGCAUGGAACCUCACUAUGAGCAAACACUUGUUGAGCUUGGUAAAGCUGUGAAGGAGGAAAAUGCAAAGAAGCGAUUCUGAGAUGAAAUGGAGCAACGGAGCAGUACAGUAUUUUUUUUUAAUAAUUCAAAGUUUGUUAAAAAAAAUGAUUUACAUUAUAUGAACUUUAAUGUAAUAUGCUACAAAAUGUUUUUUUUUUUAAUAAAAUGGGGAAAAAAAUAAUUCU